AAAACGCAGCCUGUGUUCGAGUCCCUGUCACAAACAGACAAGUCACCUGCUCGGCUCAUUAAAAAAAAGUUCGAAGAUCGAGUCUUUCCAUCAAUAAGAGUCAAAAUGUUUCUACGGCCUCUCAACACAUUUUAAAGUUUGUGCCAUGUCCGCGCGCUCCGGUGUUUGGUGAGGAUCCAGGCUGCGCGCUUCUCUGAUGUUUUUUUAAUUGCACAUGAUCUUUAUUAACCGGACGCAGCAGCGGAGACCCAUGACUUUACGCACAGAGCGGGAGCGGAGCUGCAAAUGGGCGGCAUAGGUGGCAACCUCUACCUCAGCAUGUUGAAUGUGGCUGAAACGCAAACUUUCGGAAAGAACGCCGACAUCAGCAGUCACCUCCACCGCGGCAGCAAGGAUCUAUCCGAGUUCAAGAUGGGGAUUCAGGACGCGAGGUUUUUCUACCCGGACUCGGUUCCCAGCGGGCAGGACGCGCUGGCGCUGCCGUACCACCCGGAGCAGGCGAUGGGAGGGUACGGAGCGCCGCCCGGCAGGUUUUACGCACAGACCCUGAGCAGCUGCCCGUACGGCGGCGUGCGCUCUCCGCCGAGGAGCGGAGCCGGGCAGGGCUACAUCCCCACGGCAGGGGACGGGUUCCCUGCGGGGGGUAAAGACGUGUACUCCCCGUCUCCGGAGAAUUACCCCGGCGGCUUUCAGCACGGCUACCAGCGGCCGCCUCUCUACCCUUUACCUGGGCUGCAGGUGAGCGGCAAGACUCAGGCUCUGCUCAAUAACUAUCCGCUCUGGGCCAAGUUCCACAAGUUCCAAACCGAGAUGAUAAUCACCAAACAGGGGAGGAGGAUGUUUCCCUUCCUGAGCUUCAACCUCAGCGCUCUGGAGCCGUCGGCCCACUACAACGUCUACGUGGACGUGAUUCUGGCGGAUCAGCACCACUGGAGGUACCAGGGCGGCAAGUGGGUCCAGUGUGGGAAAGCAGAGGGAAACAUGCCAGGAAACAGGAUGUACAUGCACCCCGACUCUCCCAACACCGGAGCUCACUGGAUGAGACAGGAGGUGUCGUUCAGCAAACUGAAGCUCACCAACAACAAGGGCAGCACCAACAACGUGGCUCAGAUGAUUGUGCUCCAGUCGCUCCACAAGUACCAGCCUCGUCUUCACAUCGUGGAGGUGAAGGAGGACGGCUCGGAGGAACCCUUCCUCUCCGCCAAAGCCCAGACCUUCAUCUUCCCGGAGACUCAGUUCAUCGCCGUCACGGCCUAUCAGAACGCAGACAUCACUCAGCUGAAAAUAGACCACAACCCCUUCAAAGGUUUCCGUGACAAUUAUGACACGCUGUACGCUCCUCCCGACUCUGACCGCCUCACCCCCUCCCCCACAGAGAGCCAGCAGCUGCUGCCGGGGAGCUGCUACCCCCAGGGCUACCUCUCCGAGCAGUACAUGAGCCCCCUGCCGCAGAGCCGCUUCUUCGGCCGCGAGCCCCUCGGCAUGGGCCAGCAGCACAAGGACCCGGCCUCCAGCCCCGGGCCUCACAGCUGCUGGUACCUGCCGCCUCAGCAGGGGGUGGCGCCCAACCGGCUCGACUUCACUUCCUCCUAUGAAGGGGACUUCUCGGGAAACGGGUUCUACAAGCCCUUCCCCUUGCAGGCCUCGGCUCACCACGCCCUCAGCUACUACCCAGACCGCCCUUUUGCGUCCACCAGCGUGUCCGUGUCAGGAGCCACCUCAGCAGGCUGGAGCACCAGCCGGCCCACCCCUCAGUACCUCAGUCACCCCAGCAAACACGGCCUGGGCUGGUUUAGACCCAUAUCAUCUUCCUCCUCGUCCUCAUCAUCCUCCAUGUCGCCCGGCAACCCCAGGCUGCACCCCCCCUCGCUCCUCGAGCCCCUGCAGCCGCCCCUGCUGCAGGACAAACCCAAAGACAGUGUGGGAGUGGCGGGCGAGGAGCCGUGGCUCGACACUCCCUCGGUGAAAUCAGCAGACUCUGCAGACUCGGGCCUGUUCGAGGGCGGCGUGGGGGACAACAAGAAGAGGAGAGUGUCGCCCUACACGUCCAGCACUGAAAACUCCCCGCCUCCGCGCAGUGGAGACGUCAGCGAGAAGGACAGCAACAGCAAUGCAGACUACUAUGGCUACUACGCCCACUGAAGGCCUCGCACGGCGUCUCUCCCAGCGUCCUCCCACUCUGUGCUGCAGACCAGAACCACACCACAGAACAUCCACGUGUCACCUCAGCAGAGUCCCGGCCGUGUGGACAGCCUCUGCGUGAAGUUCCCUCUCAAAGUGUCAAACCAUCACAGGAGCAACUUUCGAGGUUGCCGUCAAACUGGGUGUUGAUCAGGAGCGGAUGUGACUGGGACGCUGCCCUAGAGUCACACAGAGACCACACAGACGUUCAGUGCGGACCUUUGACUUGAGCCUUUCAAACAUCUGGAGAUUUAAGACAGAAAAAAAAGAUCUGCAUAUCUGCUUGCUGACAGACGCCUGCAGGGAUUGUCUGUUCUUUCUGCGUCAAACACUCUCUCCGUCUCUUUUCCUCUGUCUCGUCUCGUCCGUCUCACCUCAACCACUCACACAUACUCCCAACUCGCUCACGUUCAUUUCGAGCAGAAAUCACCUUUGACUCACACUCAAGUCUUCUCUCGUUUACUGCAGCGCUGACUAGUGGCGACAGAGGAGCAUUGUAGGUGUCUAAUGUGGGGGGGGGGGGGGGGGAUUAGAGAGUCGCCGCUAAUCUGUCUCAACCCUGCGAGGACGAUCUGUUGCUUGUGUGUCGCUGUGAAGUUCAGUUCAACGUGUCUCACACGCUCAAAUGGAAACAACUCAAGCUUCCUACUGAUGAAAAUAAAUACAUAAAAGAGUUUGUACAUUCAAA